GCGCGGUUUCCGUACGGCUGAGCAUCGCGGCGGGCGAAAUCGCAGAUUGUUGCCGACACACCAACAUUGCAGUGCAGCUCCCAUCGGCCGAGGCAUGCGGGAUCAAUCCACAGAGGAAGAGCCAUCCGAGAGAGGAUGCAGGGCUGCGAGAUGUAAGGUGGGCACGAAAAGGAAACCCGACCCGGCAUUUGGAGACCCGUUGCCCGCGAAGAGAGCACGAUUGGCACAGGCUGGAACUCAACAACCAGGCACUGAGGACGAGGAAGCAGAGCAAGCGGCCAAGGUAUAACAGCAUUCUCACUUACGGGACAAUAACUAAUGAGCGUGCUUGGACAGACUGCCUUGCAACACAAGCUAUUCCUCCGAUUCACGACUGUCGUCAUACCACGGGAGCAGGUCCGCGCGGCCGGCUGUCCAAGACUACGGGGCUUUCUCUAUCGGCUACGCAAUGGACAGCAGACGGAACUCGACUUCCAACGGCUCUGUCGUUACCCCUAUAACCAGACAGCCCAGCCUUCUUUCGCCGACGGAUUGAGAGCGAUCACGCCUCUAAACCUGGAUAGAUAGGACCUGAAUAUGGCAGCUGUUAUGCAAUGGGCACGCGCCCAUGGCAAGCACAUCUCCAUUUUCAUCGCAAAACACGACACAGAAGCAGGGAAGCAGCUUAGUGUAGAGGAGUUGAGCAAUGUGCUCCGCCACGGGGACGACUCUCAGCUUCCAACUCCUGGCUUGUUCUUCUACGCACAAGGGAUGCCAGUACGACCGCCUGGACUUCACCCGGGCAUAGCAUAUGCAGGUAAUAAAUGAAAGAUAUCCUUCAUUCAGGUAUACCAAUUUCACGCUCUCCCCGAUCGUAGCUUAACGCCAUGAACGCUUUCUAUAUGAUUCCUAAAAUGGUCCAUUAAUGAUUCCUAAAAUGGUCCAAGUGCCUCAGCUUCACCCCCU